AAUGUGAGCUGCCCAGAGAGGGCACUGUAUAGAAAUCUAAUAAUACACUACUGAAUAACUUACAGAAAGGCUUUAAUUAAUUCCCCUUUAUUCCCCCCUUUGCCCCCUCCUCAAAUAUACAAAGCAACAUGUUUGCCUAGCUAUUUUGUCUCUGGGCUGCUUAAGCCAACCACAGUUUGGGAUUGUGGUAGAAGAAAACAGUGGCCUUGUCUGUAGCUUGGCAUUUUGCAACUUGCCUUGUUCUCUGUGUGAGCCAUUUUAUGGUGACAUCCAUGGCAGUUUCUCAGACUCUCAGUUGUGCCCACCAAUGUGAAAUGGUUGGGGGCCCUGCUGUGCGGUGUUUUGGGCACCUUGCACUGAAAUUGCAGCACUCCCAGUUUGUUUCAUAAUACUAGUUGGAUGCUCAGGUGGUGUCAUUGGAAAAGACAGAUAUACUCAUCCUGACACUACCAUAGGAACAAGGUGGCUGAACUGUGCAGCAUCAAUUUCCAAGGGCCUUUUAAUUAUUCCUCAUCAACCAUGUGGAUGGAUGGCGUAUUAGUGUAAGAUGAAGGCCCUUACAUAAGGUGAACUGUGGUGGGUGCAUCACAUCUACCUGAGUACAUUUGACUCCCUGUAGAAGCACCAUGUGGAGAUGCCAUUUGACUUCUUCACUCUAUUUCAUCAGCAAAUUUCAAGGAUUGAGAUCUUCAAGGACUGGCAGGAGCAGUGGGGUUCCAGAGCUGUUUUCUCCUCUGGCUCAGGCAUGGGGAACCUAUAGCUUUAUGGGAGCUGCUGGAUUCCAGCUCCCAUCUGCCUCUGCCAAUAUGGCUGGCGGCCAGGGACCUGUAGUCUGCCCAGAGUGUUGUAAACUGCUCAGAGGGAAAAUAAUGUACAUAGAUCCAGAGGGAUACCAUUCCUACAUCCCUGCACUAGAUCAACACAUUAUAGAAAAUGGUGGAUGGUACAUGUUUUGCUGCUUUGUAAACACAGGCAGAAUGGACUAACUUAUGUUGUAUAACAAAGGUAGUUGUCACUGUGGUUGUAAAGGACACUUGUUCGCCAUCACACUGACCUGAGCUUACUGCCUCUGCUAUGUUUCUUGGUAUUCCCUUAAUUUCUGUCUUUUGGGAGGGGUUUCCCUUCAUCAUUUGCCCUCCAGUGGUUUUGAGCAUCCUAAGGAAGAACUAGACAGCAACAGUAGGGUCUUGUAGCCUCUUGGCAGCUGGCAGCCAUCUUCACAGUUGAGGAUUACCAACCAGGAUGGUGUUCUUUUAAAUAAAGGAAAAAGUUGACCUCAAAAGUAGUGCAUGCUUCUACUUUGUACACCUAGUGUGCCCCUCUGCAGUGCACCUGCUCCUUCUUGUGUGUGCAGACAUGCUUUGUUGCUUUCAGUCACCCUUCAUCACAUUUAGAGGUCCACAGAGUGGGAGACAAUCAGAACAGAAAUUUGGCAACACCGAUGCGUGAAGAAAGCACUGUGUGUGAUUGAGCAGAGCAGAGUUGGCUUUUGACAUCAUACCUGUGGAGGAAAAGGGCGAAGUCAUGAGAGUUCUUGGAAGCUGAGGAUGCAUAUGUCUCAAAUGCCACUUUGAUGGCAAUACAUGGAUGGUGUAACUUAUAAUAAGGAAAAGCCUAUCUCAUGAGGUGCUCUGAAGGAAACUGUUGUCAUGCCAUCCUAGUGAUGUCCUUCGGCUUCUCUGGAAAUGAAUCAGUCAGGUGCAGGGGCUCCAGGGAAUGCCGUGGAGGCCUCCAUGAGCCUCUUGGAAGCAGGCAGUGUGGCCGAACGGUUUCUCCACAUCGAGCGGGAACAGGUGAUCCGCCUGAAGGACCUCACUUUCCCUGAGUCAGUGCAAUAUGUUUACAACCCCCUGGAUUAUGCCUGGGAGCCCCACCAGGAUUAUGUGCGGAGAUACUGCCAGACCCGCAAGGAGGUGCUCUUCCUUGGCAUGAACCCAGGGCCUUUUGGAAUGGGUCAGACUGGGGUGCCCUUUGGAGCAGUGCAGCUUGUCCGAGACUGGCUCCAGGUACGUGGACAGGUGUACCAGCCAGCAUGUGAGCACCCAAAGAGACCUGUUCGGGGUCUGGAGUGUCCCCACACAGAAGUGAGUGGCGCUCGCUUCUGGGGCUUCUUCCGCUCCGUGUGUGCCGGGCCCGAUGCAUUCUUCCGCCACUGCUUCGUCCACAACCACUGCCCACUGCUCUUUGUCAGCCAAAGCGGACGCAACCUGACCCCGGCCGACCUGCCGGCAGCCCAGCGCGAACAGCUCCUGCAGGUCUGCGAUGACGCGCUGUGUGAAGCUGUAAAGCUGCUGGGGGUCUCCAUGAUCAUCGGCGUGGGGCGCUUUGCUGAACAGCGAGCCCGCAAGGCCCUGUCAGCUGCUGGGAUCUCAGUGCGGGUGGAGUGUGUGAUGCAUCCAUCGCCUCGCAAUCCCCAGGCUAACAAGGGCUGGGACAAGAUCAUCAGAGUCAAACUGGAGGAACUUGGCGUCAUGAAUCUGAUCACAGCCUGAUCUUCUGAUGGAACCAAGAUGCAGAGAGACUACGCCGCUUGCUUGAGAUCUCAGCCUAUUCUUGGGUGUCUUGGCUUCUGUCUAGGCCAUUAACUUUGGACAUGAGAAGCUACUGAUUCAGUUUAUGAACCUACAAGCCUUUUCUAGAGUUUACACUACCACGCCUUUUCUUUGCCCCUUAACACUAUGCCUUUUUGUACUCUUGAGAUAUAUUCACGAUCCACUUUUUCAGAUUCUUCUGUGUUGGACCUCUCUGCGAUUUGGGCCUCACGUCUGUCCCUCCACACAUGUUGCAUUUUGGUGCUAAACCUCAUUUGGGGUGAUACAACCACUUUUAGCUGUGCUCCAUUGGGCGCUUUUGGGUCCUGUCAAACUCUCUGCAGUUAACUCCACAGUCAGUAUCCAUAUGGGAACAAUAGUGCCCGAGCUGUUGCCAAACCCUUUCCCUACUGGGGCUGUGUGAAGCUGCCUUAUAUCGCCAGAGCUUUGGUGCCUCUACUCGGAUUGUCAGCAGGUCUUUGGACUCUUUUCAGGGGCAGCAAUAUCUUUCAGCUCUAAUAUGGUGGCAUUGUUGGUACUUUUGGCCCUACCCACCAUUUGCAUUUGGCCCCACCAUUGGAAUGUACGUCUCCUCAAGAGCUUCUCUGAAAUGGAUUUUGGCCCUCAGUCUGAAAUAGGUUCCUCAGCCCUAGACUGCAGGGAAGUUUCCUUCACCCCUGCAUAUCUUUUGCUGUAAUUGGCAGACUCUCCCUACCCCUCAGCCUGUGUGAGUCACUGCCCCCCCCACUGUGAGUCAUAGGGGCAGACCUGGGUUUAAGCUAGGUGUGGGCAACCUAGUAUCUGCCAUAUGUUCUGGAAUAUAAGUCCCAUACGCCUUCAUCUUUGGCACAUGCUGGUCAAAGCUUAUGGGAGUUGAAGUCCGAAACAUCUGGAUACCACCAGGCUGCUAAUCUCUGCUUUAAAAAAAAAAAAAAAAGGGCCUGUUGCCAUCAUAUUGAGCUUGACCUUUGCCUAACAGGGAAGGGAAGCAUCUUUUGCUUGGCUUAAGACUUGGAGGGCCACUGACUGUUGGAAUAGUCAGCACUGGAUAAAUGGAGCACGGAUUGAUUGAUCUGACGCACAAUAAGGCAGAUUCAGCUAUUCAGAGCUGUAGCUACUGUUCAGUUGUGGUGACUUCAACUGAAGCUACUAUAAGUAUUAAUUUUGGCUUAGUCAUUUUGGCUCCUUCCUACCUCUGCAUUAGCUUCAAUUAGAGAAACACGCAUACACAAACAUAUCCCAGUUUGAAAGGUCUUCCAGUUUUUCCAGUUUGUACUUGAAGGUAGCACAUAUUUUGUACAAGGCUGAAACCAAGUGUGGCUUUCCUUCUAGGAAAAUGAAUCACAGGGGACCCCACUUUAACAGAAAUCAGUCUGUUGGUCUUCUACGGGACUGACUGGAUUUGUUCAUUUUUUAAAAAAUCCAUUUUACUUCGGCUGCGUUCUUGUAAGAGAAAAUACUGGUGUAUUCAGGAAUAUUCUGCAUUUUGUAUGUUCACAAUGAUGGGAAUGGAAAAUAUUAAAGAAGAAUUUCUGUGGAACACUGAGUAACAGGCUAAUUAAAUUCUGUGUUGUCUUACUCUCAAGAAAAGCUUGAGAUUAAAAGCUUGAUAAAUUAACAAAUUUAUCAAUGAGUUGAUAGCACACACAUUUUAUUCAAAUGUUACUGUCUUUUUGAAGCAUCUUCUGAUCUGUGUUAUUCUCUAUGUAGGAUAAAUGCUUGGUGAGAAAAAGGAGAGAGAAACAAGCUUUCCAUGGUCUGGUCUUCUCCAGAAGCUAUGAACUGCAAUUCCCUUAGCCCCAGGCGGCAUGGCCGUUGUCCAGGGACAUGAGGAGUUGGAGGGCGCCAGGUUGGGUGAAGCUGAGGGGUCAGUUGGGUCCUGGACAAGGCUGGCAUCCUUACCAGGGAAGGAGCUGAAUGUUCAGCCCUUAUGACCUAGGUUGAAGACUGAAGGUAUAUGAGCUGGCUGCUUUGCUGAAGCUAAACAGAUCUGGGUAUGGAGAGGACACCAGCUGGGAACUGCAUGUAGCCACCCAGAGUUCCAUGCUGGAAUGUAAAUGAAAUAAAGAAAAUAAAUAAUAAAAUCGACAUGUAAUAGCAA